AGGCUCCGGGGGCAGCCCCGGGGCGGCGGCGCUGCGGCAUCGCUGUACCGGGAGCACCGGGAGACCCGAGAGCAGCGGGACGGCCCCGGGCGGGGGGAGCGGGGCAUGGCGGGGCUGGGGGGGCUGCGGGCGGGCGGCACCGGCUGCGUCCCGGCCACGAAGGUGGAGCUGACGGUGUCGUGCAGGCAGCUCCUGGAUAAGGACACCUUCUCCAAGUCUGACCCAUUGUGUGUCCUCUACACCCAGGGACCAGACACCAAGCAGUGGAGGGAGUUUGGGCGCACCGAAGUGAUCGACAACACCCUGAACCCCGACUUCGUCCGCAAGUUUGUCCUCGAUUACUACUUCGAGGAGAAGCAAAACCUCCGCUUUGACGUGUACGAUGUGGAUUCCAAAAGUCCCGACCUCUCCAAGCAUGGGAUCCCAUUGGGUGCCCAUGGAUUGGGGAUCCCAUUGGGUGCCCAUGGGUUGGGGGUCCCAUUGUGUGCCCAUGGAUUGGGGAUCCCAUGGGGUCGCCCCCUGGUGCCGCAGGACGUGGCCACGCUGCAGUUCUGUGCCAACAAACUGGACAAGAAGGAUUUCUUUGGCAAAUCCGACCCCUUCAUGGUCUUCUACCGCAGCAACGAAGACGGGACCUUCACCAUCUGCCACAAGACGGAGGUGAUGAGGAACACAUUGAACCCGGUCUGGCCGGCCUUCGCCAUCCCAGUACGUGCCCUCUGCAAUGGCGACUAUGACCGAGCCAUCAAGGUGGAGGUGUAUGACUGGGAUCGUGAUGGCAGCCACGACUUCAUCGGUGAGUUCACCACCAGCUACCGGGAGCUGGCGAGGGGGCAGAGCCAGUUCAAUGUCUACGAGGUGGUGAACCCCCGGAAGAAGAUGAAGAAGAAGAAGUACCUGAACUCGGGGACGGUGACGCUGCUGUCCUUCGCCGUGGAGUCUGACCACACGUUCCUGGACUACAUCCGAGGCGGGACCCAAAUCAACUUCACGGUGGCCAUUGACUUCACCGCAUCCAACGGCAACCCCUCUCAGUCCACCUCCCUGCACUACGCCAGCCCCUACCAGCUGAGCGCAUACGCCCUGGCACUCAAGGCCGUCGGGGAGAUCAUCCAGGACUACGACAGCGACAAGAUGUUCCCCGCGCUCGGCUUCGGUGCCAAGAUCCCCCCCGACGGCCGCGUGUCCCAUGAGUUCCCAUUGAACGGAGAUGCAGCCAACCCGUCCUGCAGUGGCAUUGAGGGCAUCCUGGAGGCUUAUCACCGCAGCCUGCGCAGCGUUCAGCUCUAUGGCCCCACCAACUUUGCCCCUGUGGUCAACCACGUGGCCCGCUCGGCAGCUGCUGUGCCGGAUGGAUCGCAGUACUUUGUGCUGCUCAUCAUCACCGACGGGGUCAUUUCAGACAUGGCACAGACCAAGGAGGCCAUCGUCAAUGCAGCCAAGCUCCCCAUGUCCAUCAUCAUCGUGGGGGUCGGCCAGGCUGAGUUUGAUGCCAUGGUGGAGUUGGAUGGGGACGACAUCCGCAUCUCCUCCCGUGGGAAGGUGGCUGAGCGUGACAUUGUGCAGUUUGUCCCAUUCCGUGACUACACGGACCGGGGGGGCAGCCAGGUGCUGAGCAUGGCCCGCCUGGCCAAGGAUGUGCUGGCUGAGAUCCCCGAGCAGUUCAUCUCCUACAUGAAGGCUCACGGCAUCAAACCACAGCCUGCACCCCCCAGCCCCGAACCCCCCGGGACCCCCCCACCCUCCCAACCCCCCGGGGCCACCUGGGGACACGCAGGUACCGACCUCUGCCCUGAGGUUAUGGGUAAAUCUCAGCCACUCACUGCCAGCCCCCCCCCCCCACCAAUGGGAAUAGGGGUUUUGGGUGGGGGGGGGACACUUCCCACCCCCUGUGUUGUCCUGUCCUGUCCCCAGGACCCCCCAUGUCUCUCCUCCAUCCCCUGGUUGUGCUGCCCCUUUGCAGCAAGGAGUUGGGGGGGGGGAAGGGGGUGGUCCUGGGCAUCCCCCCCCCCCCAGUUAUUUUUCUACGUGCAUGGCUGUCGUGUGCCCACGGUGCGUUGCCUUAAUCUGCAAUAAAUGAUGGGAUUUUUAA